AAGAGCGAAGCGAUCUCUAAAAAUCAAAAUCUUGGGGGAGGAAUAAUUGUUCGGGUGUGGGUGUGUGUGUGUGUGGGGGAUAAAUGGCCUUUCACGUAGCUUGCCCAAUCACUUGCCGUCGGAUCUGCUUCUGCUCCCUAGGGUUCCCUCGCGAUCUCCGUGUCGCCGAUGCGAAAGAGGACUUUCUGAGAGGCGUUCGCCGAGUGGAGGAUUCUCUGAUCGAUCCUUGGGGCUCUUCCGAGGUCGUUACGGUUCAGGUUAGGGCUCCGAAGGUUCGUAAGGAUUCGAUUGGAGAUGGCGGCGUUGAUGAAGCGGCGGCGGCGGAGGAGGCUUCGGCGCAGAGGAAGCGCGUUUCUCUACAGAGACAAGCCGCCGUUACGGUUGAAGCCGCCGAGGAUUACGCUAGGAGGUUCGAAUCUGGUGUUAAUGAGCUUUCCUCAAACGACGAGGAGUUAGCUCAGUGUGGCGUGAAUGUGAUGUGUAGAAUGUGUUUCUUGGGGGAAAGUCAUGGAAGCGAGAGAGCGAGGAGGAUGCUUUCUUGUAAAACCUGUGGGAAGAAGUACCAUAAGAAUUGUGUAAAGUCUUGGGCUCAACAUAGAGAUUUGUUUCAUUGGAGUUCAUGGAGUUGUCCCUCGUGCCGUGUUUGUGAGGUUUGUCGUAGAACAGGAGAUCCUAACAAGUUUGUGUUCUGCAAAAGGUGUGAUGCCGCUUACCAUUGUUAUUGCCAACAUCCUCCACACAAGAAUGUAAGUUCUGGGCCAUAUUUGUGCCCGAAGCAUACAAGAUGCCACAGCUGUGAUUCUACCGUCCCUGGAAACGGCCUUAGUGUCAGGUGGUUUUUAUCAUAUACUUGCUGUGAUGCCUGUGGCAGAUUGUUUGUGAAAGGAAAUUAUUGCCCUCUAUGCUUGAAGGUGUAUAGGGAUUCAGAAUCAACGCCAAUGGUAUGCUGCGAUCUUUGUCAGCGCUGGGUGCAUUGCCAUUGCGACGGAAUAAGUGAUGAGAAAUAUCUUCAGUUUCAAGCUGAUGGGAACCUACAAUAUAAAUGUGCCACAUGCCGUGGGGAGUGUUAUCAGGUGAAGGAUCUUCAGGAUGCAGUUCAAGAACUUUGGAAGAAGAAAGAUAUGGUGGAUGCAGAGUUGGUUGCUAGUUUAAGAGCUGCUGCUGGUUUGCCAACAGAUGAAGAAAUAUUUUCGAUCUCUCCAUUUUCAGAUGAUGAAGAAAACGGUCCUGUGUCUGGGCGUUCAGUGAAGCUUUCUAUCAAAGGACUGGUGGAUAAAUCCCCAAAGAAAAGCAAAGAGUACAGAAAACAUGCUAGUAAAAAAGGUCAUCAUGCCAAGUCAGAGCCCCAACAGGAUUCUGAAGUUCAUCACGGGAUGGAAUCUCAGAGAAGCAGGCUAAGUGGUACUAAAAUUGAUAGUUUUGGGAUUCAGAUAAAUGAACGAUCUGAUGUUCGUUCUUCUGUGGCUGGAAUUUGCUCAACGCAUGAACCUAGGAUUGUGAAACACAAGAGGGUUGAUGACGUUAUGGUGACCGAUGAAGAAAAGCCAUCAAGGAUAGUGAGAAUAAAGUGUACUAAGCCUCAUGAUUCUGAUAGCGAGGAGGCAUCAGUAAAGGCAAAGAAGUUGGUCAUUAAUCUUGGCGCGAGGAAAAUAAAUGUCAGUGAUUCUUCCAAGUCCAAUGUUGUUUCUCAUUCGAGGGACAGAGAUCAGUCUUCUGGUGAGGUACGAACCUUGAAGAUAUCUGGAAGGUUUGGGAAAACUAAAUCUGAAGGAAGUAAAGGUACUUUCGGGUCGAUCACACAGUUCCCUGCAUCAACAAGCGCAGGUAGUCAUGUGGAUGACAAAACAUCCAUCUCACCAUCUUUACAGAAAGAAGCUAGACCCCUGCUGAAAUUUAAACUCAGGAAACCUGAUUCGGGAGAUCAGACAUCUUUGGCUACAACGCAAUCUGAGGAUGAAAAGCUGAGUUCUGGAAAGGGUCAAAGAUCAAAGAGAAAGAGACCUUCAAGUUUAGUGGACAAGGCUUCUUUGGAGGAAGACGGUGAAACUCAGCAAGAUAGUUCAAGGAGCGAUGAGAUGAUGGAUGCUAACUGGAUUUUGAAAAAGUUGGGUAAAGAUUCAAUAGGAAAGAGAGUCGAAGUCCAAGGAUCUCAGAACUCAUGGAAUAAAGGAACAGUAACAGACGUUAUUAGAGACACGUCCACAUUGUCGGUUUCUCUAGAUGAUGGAAGCAUGAAGACAUUUGAACUUGGGAAGCACAAUGUCCGCUUCAUACCGCAGAAGCAAAAGAGGCCGAGGAGUUGAUUGGACCAUCAAGCAGCGUUUUAUUAGUCACUAACUUUCUGUGCGAGCCAGCUACAUGAGAAUAUUUGUGUUCAGGCAUUUCACGAGUUUUAAACUAGUUUUGGUGGUAAUUAUGAGAGUAACGCCAAACGUUGUAGAUAUAACUUGUGAUACUGAAGGUAGAUCUUGUUAAGGCUCGAGUUGUCGUUCCUUGUAACUCAUUUGCACCAGGUUCAUAAUACUGUUUUUUCGCAAACUCGUGUAACCAUUUUUUCUUUCUUAAUUCAAGCAUGUAAGAAACUGUUGUAUUCUGUUGCUAAAUAUAGUAUAACCAAUUAUCAAA